AAGACUGGGGUUACUUAGUGUUAUCUUGUUUAGCCAGGAAACAGGAAAGAUCUUGUCCUCGACGUUGGAAAGGGAGCAUCCCAACUUAUAUUCCUUUACCUACAAAGUGAAUCUGAAACAGCUUAAAUUAGAAAAUGGCUUUAGAUGAAAGUACAAAAAGGAAAUGUUUUGUGGUUGGUGUCGUUGUGGUUAUAAUCUUAGCCAUCACGAUUGGUUUAGUAGCAUCGUCUCUGAAGAAGCUUGCAUCUGAUGAAGUUGGUGUCCAGUAUGACACGAUUCAGAAGAAUCUAGACACGGAGGUGAGAAAAGAAGGUCUGCACACUGGACCUCCAGGAUUUGAAUUCAUCAUCUUCCCCAGCGUCUACCGGUCCAUGUCCUUCUCUGAUCUGAGUUGUCUAAACAAAGAUGGCGUACAGAUUGUACUUGAUGUGACCUAUCAGUACAAGGUAAAGGCUUCAAAGCUGAGGUCAGUGAUCAUCGACUUCCGCGACUAUGACGGCUACAAGGAUGUUUUGAAGUAUGCAGGCGAGUCAGCUCUCCAUGAGGCCUGCAGUCAGUUCAAUACCUCCCAGUUCCAGGCGGAGAGAGGGGCCUUCCAGGAAACUGUCCGUGCUAAACUCAAGGAGAGAUACGAUGAAUUGAAUGCUGGCAUAACUGAUCUACAGGUUAGCAACAUCGCACGUCCUUCUGAGUAUGAGAGUGCUAUCCGCAGCAAAGAAAGGGCACGAGAGGACAUCCAGGUUGCUCUGAAUGAGAGACCACGUCUUCUCACUGAAGCUGACACAGGAAAGAGAGAGGCUGAGACACAGGCUCAAAUCAUCAAGGACAAAGCUAGCUCGGAGGCAAGGAUUCUUGAAAACAGGGCCGUUUCUGAAGCCAAUGCUAUCAUAGACCAGUACAGUAAGGAAGCAGAAGCCUAUGAGCUGAUCCUCAGUUCAUCAGGACUGGCAUUCACAGUGGAGGGAUUUAUCUCAUACCUUGGUGUUCGAGUCAUUGCUGACGCUAAGAAUCCUGUCCAUAUUGGCCUUCAGAGUCCAGCAAAAUCUUCCUACACUUAGACAUUAGAAGCAAUGCCUUGGUAUAUUGGGAUAGUAGCCACACCCAGUCUAUUGGACUGAGGUACAAUGUCCAGUAUAUUGGACGGAGGUGCAAUGUCCAGUGUAUUGGACGGAGGUACAAUGUCCAGUAUAUUGGACAGAGGUACAAUGUCCUGUAUAUUGGACGGAGGUACAAUGUCCAGUCUAUUGGACGGAGGUACAAUGUCCAGUAUAUUGGACUGAGGUACCAUGUCCUGUAUAUUGGACUGAGGUACCAUGUCCUGUAUAUUUGACCUAGAUACAAUGUCCAGUCUAUUGGACGGAGGUACAAUGUCCAGUAUAUUGGACUGAGGUACCAUGUCCUGUAUAUUGGACUAACGUACCAUGUCCUGUAUAUUGGACUGAGGUAUAAUGUCCAGUCUAUUGGACUGAGGUACAAUGUCCAGUCUAUUGGACUGAGGUAUAAUGUCCAGUCUAUUGGACGGAGGUACAAUGUCCAGUCUAUUGGACGGAGGUACCAUGUCCUGUAUAUUGGACUGAGGUACAAUGUCCAGUCUAUUGGACGGAGGUACAAUGUCCAGUAUAUUGGACUGAGGUACCAUGUCCUGUAUAUUUGACCUAGAUACAAUGUCCAGUAUAUUGGACUAACGUACCAUGUCCAGUAUUGAGUUAAAGUGUCCUGUAUAUUGGACUGAGUUAAAGUGUCCUGUAUAUUGGGUUGAGUUAAAGUGUCCUGUAUAUUGGACGGAGUUAAAGUGUCCUGUAUAUUGGACUGAGUUAAAGUGUCCUGUAUAUUUGGUUGAGUUAAAGUGUCCUGUAUAUUGGACGGAGUUAAAGUGUCCUGUAUAUUGGACUGAGUUAAAGUGUCCUGUAUAUUGGACGGAGUUAAAGUGUCCUGUAUAUUGGGUUGAGUUAAAGUGUCCUGUAUAUUGGGUUGAGUUAAAGUGUCCUGUAUAUUGGGUUGAAUUAAAGUGUCCUGUAUAUUGGACUGAGUUAAAGUGUCCUGUAUAUUUGGUUGAGUUAAAGUGUCCUGUAUAUUG